AUGAUGGUGCAGUUCUACACGACCAUCACUGAGUCCAUCCUCAUUUCCUCCAUCAAACUGUGCUCUGUCCCUGCUGCUGCGUGUGUGUCCUGCUGGCAGAGGGUGGUCAGGGGCGUGUCCCAGUCAUCUAUGACCUCAUCCAAAGGAAAAAUCCCCCUGCCGUCUCUGCUUCACUCCUGCCUCCUCCCACAGUGUUUCCCAUUUGCAGCGCUCGGGGUGGCGGGGGAGGAUGGUUCAACCAUGUUGAUAGAAGCUGCUAAGGGUGGCCACACUAACGUGGUAUCCUACCUGUUGGAUUAUCCCAACAACAUCCUGUCUGUCCCAGCCCCUGAUCUGUCACAACUAACGCCUCCUUCGCAAGAUGCCUCUCAGGUUCCUCGUGUCCCAUUCCAAGCCCUCGCUAAUUUGGUACCUCCCCAGGAGCCCGACCAAGCUCCAUCAAGCAUAGCCACCCCCCCUCCCGUCUCAAGCAAGGCCAUGUCCAAGCAGAGACAAGCUGCCCUUCAGCCUAGUGUGCCCAGUGCGACUGGCCAACGGACAGAGGCAGAUCAUCUGCCGACCUUCCACUUGUGCCAGCCUCUAGAGUGCAUUGUGGAGGAGACAGAAGGAAAGCUCAAUGAGCUUGGGCAGAGGAUUAGCGCCAUUGAAAAAGCCCAACUUCAGUCGUUAGAACUUAUUCAGGGGGAGCCACUCACCAAAGACAAGAUUGAGGAGUUGAAGAAAAGUAGAGAGGAGCAGGUUCAGAAGAAAAAGAAAAUUCUGAAGGAAUUGCAGAAGGUAGAGCGCCAGCUGCAGUUAAAAACACAGCAACAAUUCACCAAAGAGUAUAUGGAGGCAAAGGGCUUGAAAGAGGAACAGGAGCCUGGGCAAAGCCAAGGCCCUGGACCUGGGCCGGGGAGUCCAACUUCCCCGAUGCUUCUUCCCACACCUCCAGGCGCCCAAGUCAACACCAGCUCUGACACAGAUGAAGAGGCCAACCGGGAUGUAGAGCAAGAGCAGCCUGCAGAGGAGGAUGAAGAUUAUGAUUAUGAGGAGGAGGGUUCAGAUGAAGAGCCUGACGGAGAGGAGGAUUUUGCCAAACUUCCACAGGUGGGCACAAUUCUCUACCAGCCUCCACAGCAACCUCCACUUCCACCCUCACCUCAGACCCAGCCACAGCCCCCGCCUCCACCUCUCCAGGCGGCCUUUGUUCCUAUCCCCCCCCUACCAGACUACAACCCUGCGGACUACCCAGGGAGCCCUGAGCUCCAAAGGGUACUAGUGGGACAGCAGAUGCUGGGCCAACCGCAGGGCCAGGGUCAACAGUUGACUGGGAUUUCCCCAGGAAUGUUACCUCCGCAGCCCUCAGAUGGUCUCAUGGUAGCCACACCUGCACAAACACUCACAGACACGCUGGAUGACAUCAUGGCAGCUGUGAGCAGUCGUGUACCAAUGCUGACUACUACAACUUCACCAACGCCCUUAUCCCAGCCACCCUCACAGACGCCCGCAAGCAUCUCCACGCCUCCCUCUGUUUUGCCUCUUUAUCCUUCUGUCGACAUUGACGCACAUACGGAGAGUAACCAUGACACUGCGCUGACGCUGGCAUGUGCAGGAGGACAUGAAGAGCUGGUAUCUGUCCUGAUUGCUCGGGGAGCCAACAUUGAGCACCGGGACAAAAAAGGAUUCACCCCUCUCAUCCUGGCUGCCACAGCUGGUCAUGUGGGAGUGGUUGAAGUGCUCCUGGACAAAGGUGGCGACAUUGAAGCGCAGUCAGAGAGAACCAAAGACACGCCCCUCUCCCUGGCCUGCUCCGGUGGGCGACAGGAGGUGGUAGAGUUGCUGCUGCUUCGGGGAGCAAAUAAAGAGCACCGCAAUGUUUCUGACUACACACCACUCAGCUUGGCUGCUUCUGGGGGUUAUGUCAACAUCAUUAAAAUACUUCUUAAUGCUGGUGCUGAAAUUAACUCCAGAACUGGCAGUAAGCUUGGGAUCUCCCCUCUAAUGCUGGCAGCAAUGAAUGGCCAUGUACCAGCUGUAAAACUGCUGCUGGACAUGGGUUCUGACAUUAAUGCCCAGAUUGAGACCAAUCGAAACACUGCCCUGACCUUAGCAUGCUUUCAGGGGCGAGCUGAGGUUGUUAGCUUGCUGUUAGAUCGCAAGGCUAAUGUGGAACAUCGAGCUAAGACUGGUCUCACUCCUCUGAUGGAGGCGGCCUCUGGAGGCUAUGCUGAAGUUGGACGAGUGCUUCUGGAUAAAGGUGCUGAUGUCAAUGCUCCUCCUGUGCCCUCAUCACGAGACACUGCCCUUACCAUUGCUGCUGACAAAGGCCACUAUAAGUUUUGUGAGCUGCUUAUCAACAGGGGUGCUCAUAUUGAUGUACGUAACAAAAAAGGGAACACACCUCUUUGGCUCGCAGCAAAUGGCGGACAUUUUGACGUGGUUCAGCUUUUGGUUCAUGCCAGUGCUGAUGUGGAUGCAGCUGACAACCGCAAGAUCACCCCUCUCAUGGCUGCUUUUCGAAAGGGUCAUGUUAAAGUGGUACAGUAUCUUGUAAAGGAAGUCAACCAGUUCCCAUCAGACAUUGAGUGUAUGAGAUAUAUUGCCACCAUUACUGAUAAGGAGCUGUUAAAGAAGUGCCAUCAGUGCAUGGAAACCAUCGUCAAAGCCAAAGACCAACAGGCAGCUGAAGCCAACAAAAAUGCGAGCAUCCUCCUGAAAGAGCUCGACCUGGAAAAGUCGCGAGAGGAGAGCAAGAAGCAGGCCUUAGCUGCCAAGCGUGAAAAGCGCAAGGAGAAGCAAACAGAGGUUCCAAUUGAGCCUCCCAGUGCCACCACCACCACUACAAUUGGCAUAUCUGCCACAUCCACCACGUUCACUACAGCUUUUGGUAAGAAAAGGGCAAGUGUGGCCACCACCCCAAGCACCAAUCGUAAGAAUAAAAAGAACAAGACCAAGGACUCCUCUCCAAGCGAGCCAAUCAUAUUACAAGAUCCACAGGUUGCACUAGCCCAGCACAAGGCUGACAAGAACAAGAUCCAUGGUGAGCCCCGGGGCGGCGGUGGGGGAGUGACGAGUGGCAACAGCGACUCAGACCCCUUGGACAGCACGGACUGUGCCAGUGAAAGCAGCAGCAGUGGUGGCAAGAGUCAAGAGCUCAACUAUCUUCCUGACCUGACUUCCUCUGCUUCGUCAUCUUCCUCCUCUUCAUCGUCCUCAGCGCCCUCUUCAGGAGCAGUGCCAUCACAAAUCCUCCCACCAGGUCCAGAAAAAAGGCAGUAUCUGCAGUCACAAGCUGAGAGCCGAAUGGACAGCAAGGUCACUGUCUCCAUCUCAAAACCAACGCAAAAAGUUCCAGACACAAGCGAUUCAACCUCAAGCUCCCUUCCCUCACCGUUUAAAACCAUGGCUUUACCAGUUAACACUGCAAGCACUAAGCUAAGCCUUACAAGCCCUAAGCGUGGCCAGAAGAGAGAAGAAGGUUGGAAGGAAGUUGUCAGGAGAUCAAAGAAGCUCUCUGUUCCCGCCUCUGUGGUCUCUCGGAUUAUGGGCCGAGGAGGUUGCAACAUCACAGCAAUUCAAGAUGUGACUGGAGCUCAUAUUGAUGUAGACAAACAGAAGGACAAAAAUGGGGAGAGGAUGAUUACUAUAAGGGGAGGUACAGAGUCCACCCGGUAUGCAGUCCAGCUCAUCAAUGCUCUAAUUCAAGAUCCUGCUAAAGAGCUGGAAGAUUUAAUCCCCCGAAAUCACAUCCGAGCUCCAGGCUCCAAAACGACUGCUUCUUUCCCAAAUACAACUGGGACCACCAGUGGUUCUGCCACCAAACCACUGAGCUCUCUGGUCACAUCCCCUGGGGUAUCGUUCCAACCUGCCUCUUCAGCAUCCUCUCAAGCUGGUGGAAAGAUUGGGAAGGUCUUGCCAUCCAAUGUCAGACAGCCUUUUCCUGUGUCUCUGCCCCUUGCGUACGCCCACCCUCAACUUGCUCUACUCGCUGCUCAAACCAUGCACCAAAUCAGACAUCCACGUCUACCCAUGGCCCAGUUCGGUGGAACCUUCUCCCCAGCUGCUAGCACAUGGGGUCCUUUUCCUGUGCGUCCUGUGAGUCCUGGCAGUGCAAACAGCUCCCCCAAACACAAUGGAGGAACCAGUAGCACGACCAGCCAGCCUAGACCCAACUCGGCUCAUGGCGACCACAGCAACACAUCAACUACAGGAGCCCCAGUCACAACAACCACCACUACUACUACCAGCACUCCUAACACAUCCACAUCUGCAGCCUCCCUUCAUACCUCCAAUCCCACCUCUUACAACCCCCAAACAAAUGUACCCACACCGUCUUCUGUUCGAAAACAACUCUUUGGCCCUGACCCCAAGUCUCAAGGGGUGAAUGCUGUAUCAGUUUCGGCUACACCUCCUACUAACGUUAACAAUGCAGUAAGGGGAACAGGGUCUCCAGCACAUCACAGCUCAAAUACGACCACUGCUAAUGCUACACCCCAACCAGUCGGACCCAUCUCACAGCCUUCUGUUCAGGCAGUCAAAACAGACCUCAGUGCUGUUGCUACUCCUGGCAAAGACAAGCCGCCACUCCCAGUAGAAAGUCAGCCCAUUUCUGUCAGUGACAAUAUCGCUUCGGUGGGUUUCACACCCCCAGCUUUGGCUUUAUCGUCCAAACCAGAACCCCGGCAACAGUUACCCACGACACCCUCCUCUGUACCAUCCUCAGAGGCACCUCCACCCCUCCUAAACCCACAGCCCAGCUCCAAUCUCCCUUCAGCUACCCCCCCUGUCCUAUCACAUAAUAUUGCACAUCCCAACAACACUGUACCCCAUUUUUCUGCCCCUGCACCCAGAGUCUCUCAUCGUAUGCAGCCACCAGGGCCUUACUACUCUCUUACUGAGCAGCAGCAGGCACAGCAGCAACAACAGCAGCAGUCUGUGUUUGUGCCGUUCAACACUCAGCAAGAGCUCCCCAAACAGUCCCAAAACCAAACAUCUCAGCCUGCAGGUCUGCCUCCCCAAGCCCAAGCUCCAGGCUCACAUCAGGUCUCUGCAAACCUCGGGAUGAUCAAUGGUUCACAGAUGCAGCAUGUGGCCAGCCCAGGCAAGCCGCAACAGAUCACCAACUUCGGUCCGGCUGGGCUUUUCAAUUUCAGCAGCAUUUUUGAUAACAACAACCAGGUUGGAAACAAUCAAGUGUGGAGCCAUCUACCUGCUCGAUCCCCACCAGAGCAGUCGUACUCGGCUCCACCAAACUACAUGGCCAUGGGUCAAAUGGAUAGUAUGAUUCCCCAACCUCCGCCAGACAACUCCAAAGCCCCUGGCUACCGCUCAACCUCCCAGAGGAUGGUCAAUAGCCCCAUUGCUUUGGCGAGCUAUACCACCAAUCCUGUGUAUCUGCAUGGACAUACCGCAGUGGGUGCUCCUUCCUUCAGCAGACAGCACUUUUCCCCUCAUCCAUGGAGUGCAUCAACUUCAGGCGACUCCCCUGUUCCUCCUCCCUCCACUGUGUCAUCAUCUGCACUGUCCACAUCAGCGGUGGCCCCUCCUCCUCAGCCUAAACCAGGCAGCACAUCGCAGCAGGAUCGGAAGGUGCCCCCACCCAUUGGAACAGAGAGGUUGGCUCGAAUUCGGCAAACAGGGUCCGUGAACCCACCACUCCUCACCACCAAUUACACUGCGUCUGUUGGACAGGGAGGCAUUUGGUCAUUUGGUGUUGGCAGUGCUUCGGAGGCUAUGUCUGGUUGGUCCCAGCCACUGAUGAACAGUCACAUGAUGCAUCCUCAGCUGCAAGCAGAACAGUCGGCCUUUUCUCAACACCAGCCGAUGGAGCAGGAUGAUACCGGCAUUGCGAACCCAGCAAACAAUUUUCACCAGCCGCAGCAUAUGCCGAACAAUUACAUCCCUGACUUCCCUAAGGGUAUACCAAUAUCAAUGUAUGGAGGAACAAUGCUGCCCCCUCAUGCACCCAUGGCAGAGGGGCCAGGAGGAGCAAUGUACAACGGUUUGCACACUGGCGACCCUGCAUGGAGUCCCAUAAUCAAAGUGGUCCCGAAUAAUGCAGACAACUCUGACCCACAACAACAGGUGUGGCCUGGUACCUGGGCACCUCAUCUGGGCAACGUGCAUCUGAAUCACGUCAAUUAG